AUGGGGUACAAGCUAUGGUAUUCGGAAAGUGUGAGGUAUUAUAAUGGAGUAGGCAUCUUAGUGGAUGAGGAGCUUAGAAUGCAGGUGAUGGAGUUUAUGAGGGUCAAUGAUAGGAUGAUGAAGAUUAAGUUGGUCAUUGGGGGUUUUGCGUUGCAUGUGUGUAGUGUGUAUGCACCGCAGGUGGGCGUGGGAGAGGAGGUGAAAGUGAGUUUUUGGGAGGAGUUGGAUGAGGUGGUGAGGACAAUGCCUAGUUCAGAGAAGAUUGUCAUAGCAAGGGACUUCAAUGGCCACAUUGGGGCCUUACCGGGAGGAUAUGACAAUGUCUAUGGAGGUUUUGGUUUCGGUGAUAGAAAUGGUGAGGGAGCUGCUCUGUUGGAUUUUGCGAGGGUCUUUGGGCUAGUGAUAGUGAAUUUGAGUUUUCUAAAGAAGGAGGAUCACCUGAUUACCUUCUGCAGUGCAAUAGCCAAGACCCAAAUUGACUUUCUGCUGCUUAGGAAGGGGGAUAGGGGGCUAUACAAGGAUUGUAAAUUCAUUUCGAUUAAUGCUCUAGAGAUAGGGGAAAAGGUAGUAGAAAAGGAGGUGUGGGAGAGCAGGGGGGAUGUGGAUACUAUGUGGGAUAGGGCUGCUAGUGGCAUCACGGAGACAACCAAAAAAGGUGUUGGGUUGUACAAACUUGCUAAAGCUAGGAAACGGAAGAGCCAAGACCUCGAUCAAGUGAAGUACAUUAGGGGGGAUGGUAGUGUUUUGAUGGAGAACGUUCACAUUAAGAAGAGAUGGCAGGAGUACUUUUAUAGACUUUUGAACGAGGAGGGAGAUAGAGGCAUUGUGUUGGGGGAAUUGGAGAACUCAGAGGAGAGCCGUGAUUUUAGAUUCUAUAGUCAUUUUAAGGUUGAGGAGGUUAAAAAGGCUAUUCGUACGAUACAGAGGGGUAGGGCGAUGGAGCCCAAUGAGAUUUCGGUGGAUUUUUGGAAGUAUGUUAGUGAGGUCAGUUUAAGGUAG